GCCAUAUUUAAAUUUUGAUGUCUGAAGCCAACUGAUACCUGACACCUUGUGUAAGAGAUUCGAAGUACAAUGAAUAGGCGAUACGAAGGCACGAAUCUUAUAAAAUAUAUUGCACGAUGAGGCGAAAGGCAGGCGUUGGUGCUAUUCAAAAACAAAAGCUGGAGCGAGAGAAAUAUAGAGAUAAGGGAACUGAGAUUCAAGAAAAUCAGUUUGAGCAAAUGACAAAGCAUAUGGAAACAUUUCGUGUGAAUUUAGAAGAAUUCGCCUCAAAGUAUAAAAAUGAAAUUAAGAAGAAUGCACGCUUUCGGCGGCAAUUUACUGAAAUGUGUGCAUCAAUAGGUGUAGAUCCUUUGGCCUCAGGUAAAGGAUUUUGGUCAGUUCUUGGCAUAGGAGAUUUUUAUUAUGAACUUGCUGUUCAAAUUGUUGAAGUUUGUAUGGCUACGAAUUAUAAAAAUGGUGGAUUGAUAUCAUUGGACGAACUUAGAACGAGAUUGAUACAAGCCAGAGGCCGUAGGAAAGAACACCAAGAGAUUACAAAUGAGGACUUAUUAGCUGCAGCAAAAAAAUUACGAAUUUUUGGAAAUGGAUUUUCUAUUGUUCCAAUUGGACGUGGCAAACAUUUAGUACAAUCUAUUCCUGGUGAAUUAAGCAUGGACCAUACUGCUGUGUUACAGCAAGCUAGUUUAUCUGGAAAUGCAUAUAUUUCAAGAAAUAUGCUGUGCAAGGAGUUAAAAUGGGAAUCAGAUAGGACACAAAAAGCUUUGGACCACAUGGUAAAAGAAGGACUGGCAUGGUUAGAUGAACAAGGUGAAAAUGAAACAUUAUAUUGGUUUCCUAGUUUAUUUACAGCCUGCAUUGUAUCCAAAGAGUAAGCACAAUAUUGACUUUACUAUAUAUAGAUAGACAGUGUUUUAAAAAAAAGGAUAUCUGUAGCAUAAAAUGUAUUUUUAAAGUGAAUAAAUUUACAUAUUCCUGUAA